CGGCUUUUCGGGUUUUGGAGAGGCCAAUUUUGGCCGAUUCGGCAGUCUGAGGGUGUUGGCAGCCGGCGCUUUUUGUGUCUAUCGACCAAAAAGCUUAUUUAAGGCCGCCUUGCGCAAAAAGCGCCGGCAGCCGCCCAAUAUUGACAAAAAUCGUUGUAUUCCCUCUAGGCUGCCCCGAUACGCUCGUUUGGGGCGUCCGGGGGGCUAGAAUCCCCUGGGACCGUCUGAGAUGCCCGACGCGGUGGCUGGGAAGGCCCGAGCCAAAUCUCGCCUUCAUUGGUGGCGUUUUCAGCCCGACGCGCGUUCACGUCGAGAAUGCGGACCACACAUAGGCCGACAUCCCAUGGGCCGCUGCCGCUGCUUUUUGUCUCAGAUCGUCGAAGGCUAUACGUACUACGAUACCCGACGCUGCGGUGGCCCGAUCGGCGCGAUACGGGGCAGCCAAAGGCUGUCGAGUGUCAUUUUUCAUGGUUUUUGUCCGUUUUCUCUGCGAGACGCAGCCCAAUCGCUGCCGCGUCUUUUGCCGCGUGUCGAUAGGCUAUUAUGGCCUUUCUUUGUGAGUGAGUUUGUUGCACGCGGUUGCCCGCGCGUCGAGCUACGGGCUAAAAACCCUAAAAAAACUGAGUGCGGGUGUUCCUCAGGGCUGUCGAACCCACUAGCCAGGCCGCUGGGGCUUGCUAGCUGCUGUAAGUCACUAGGGCCCAAUCGGGGUACGGGGAACCCUGCGACGUAACUAGCCUCAGCCUC